UUUCUGCGCCGUAAACCAUCGAAAUAAGGAACAAAUGACCCAAUUUUGUGCCACUAUUUACGUCUGUUAAGAAAUGUUUGUUUGGGUGGACGAGAAGAAGAAGAAGAAGAAAGUUUUUGUUGGAGGCGAGGACGGCCGAGAAGUUACGUUAGCCUCCUUCCUUUAUCUUUUGGCGGCCCUGUGUCUUAGGGUGAGGGAGGAUAAGCAGUGUAAUGCCAUUGGAAAGCAAAGUGUGGGGAUAAGCAGAAGAGAGGACCAGAAGGAGGAGGACUCACGAGGAGAUACAGGUCUGAAGAGGAAGAAGAAGAAGGCAGCAGCGAGUUGUCUUUCAUGCUGUCGUUCAUAAAUUAUAGUGCGCUGGUGUCUUAGAUAAGCCAGUGUAACGCCAUUGGAGAGCAGUGUGCGAAUAAGCAGAGGAGAGGACCAGGAGGAGGAGGACCCACGAAGUCGUACAGGUCCUAAGAGGAAGAAGAAGGCUGCGAGUCGUCUUUCAUGCCUCAGCUGACGACCUCGCCGCCCUGCACGACCCUCGAGAGGACGCAGCGGACCCCCUGACGAGAAACAAUGCCGAAGGUGAAGUCAGGCCGUGUGUAUGGCGGCGUGUUCCCCGAGUACGAGCUGCGGCGCCGCGAGGCUGGGCUGCGGCCUGGCCUGGGCUGGGAGUCUGGGCUGCGGCGCUGCCUCUACUCGGCCAUCACGCCAUGCACCUCCUGGGACCCUCACGACCACGACCCCAAGACGGGAUUCGUCGGUCACGGGGGGGUCUUCAACCUGGAGUUCUCGCCUGAUGGGAGUCACCUGGUGGCGGCGUGUGAGCAGCGGGCGGUGAUGGUGUUUGACCCACUAUCUCGACGGCAGGUCCACCACAUCCCCCACGCCCACGAUAACUGUGUCAACUGUAUCAAGUUCCUAGACUCCCGUGUGUUCGCCUCCUGCAGUGAUGACCAUACGGUGGCGCUGUGGGACGUGCGGAACCUCAAGCGCCGCAUCCGCCUCCUCCAGGGGCACAGCAACUGGGUCAAGAACAUCGAGUAUUCAGCCGCCGAUGGCAUCCUCGUCACCUCGGGCUUUGAUGGCAAGAUCCUAGGCUGGGACAUAAAUGGGUACACGGAGGAGAGCCUGCUGCCAACGGAGCUCUUCAAGAUGCAGGGGCUGAUGCGGAUGCGACUGAGCCCAGAUUGCAGCAAGUUGGUCAUGUGCACCACCGGCGGAUACAUGGUUUUGGUGCACAACCUGAGCCUCGAACACCUCGCCCAGGACCUUCAGGACUUCAAGCCGAACAUGUACCGCCUGAUGCAGCUGUCAAACACGCCGCUGCCGCAGGCCGCCAUGUUCACCCACCUGUUCUAUGCCCAGCGGAACCGCGUGGAGUUCAUCUCACUUCCCACACCUCCCAGCGAGGAGGUGAUCCACUCCCUGCAGGUGCAUCCCCAGGGCUGGUGCAUCCUGUCCCGCAAUACCUCCAUGGAGGACUCAUCUGAGUGGAGCUGUGUGCAUGACAUCCAGGAGCUCGGUGUGACGGCCUGCAAGGACCAGGAUGAGGACGAGGACAAUGCAGACACUGGUCCUGCCGAUGACCUGCUGUCCUACGAUGACGUGCCGCCCGCCGCCACCCCCGAGCCUGAGGUGCAUGUCGGGAGCAGCGGUGGCGGCGGUGGCGGGGACAGCGGAAACGGUAACGGCAACCUACACCUCUCAGUCACCUUUAGCCCCAGGAUGGAGAUAACGCUACGCCACAGCCCCAGGGACGAGGUGGAUGACGGGGGCGGGGGUGGGGGCGGGGGCGGGGGCGGUGGUGGUGGUGAGGCAGGAGGCAGUGGCGGCGGUGGUGGUGGUGAGGGGGGGGUGGCAGUGGGGGGGGCAGGGAUAGCUGUGGGUGGUGGGGGUGGUGGCGGCGGAAUUGACAUCCAGUUCCGCUUCACAUCGAUGGAUGUGUUUGAGGCGCUGGAGCACAUCCGGGAGCGGCGGGAGGAGCAGCGGCUGAGGCAGGACCGCCAGCGCCCCGCCCGGGAGGCCGCCGACAGUGGCAGUGGCAGUGGCAGUAGCGGCAGCGGCAGUGGCAGUAGUGGUAGUGGUGGUGGCUCCUCCUCCAGUGGCGGCAGCAACGGCGAGGCAUCCUGGGAAGCCCUCCCACGCCUCAACCGCAACAUGACCUUCAGCCUCAGGAACAGGCGUGAGGCAGGCCGGGAGGGCAGCGGUCGGGAGAACACGGCUGCGGGGUCCGGCGGUAACAGCGGCGGCAGUGGCGGCAGAACAGCCCCCUCAGCCUCCCUAGACUCCCAGAAUGCUUUCUACAUCCGCACGGGUUCAGGCAACCACCGCGCCAUCUUGCUGCUGCGGCCAGGCCAGAACUACCCGCGUUACUACCGUACAGUGGACCCAAACCACAAGAUUGCGCGCAACAUCCCGCGCCUCACCCACUACAUCGAGGAGCCCAAUGUGGGCCGUGGCUUCAUCAAGGAGCUCUGCUUCAACUCUGACGGCCGCCUCAUCUGCUCGCCCUACGCCCAUGGGGUGCGGCUCAUGAUGUUCGACCGCAACUGCUCGGAGCUGUCCACCUGUGUCCAGGACAAGCCGCAGACGCUCUACGAUGUCUCCACCAGCAACUGCCACUCAAACUGCGUGGUCAGCACCAAGUUCUCCCCGACACACUGCCUUCUAGUCUCUGGCUGCCUCAAUGGCAAGAUCGUCUGGCACCAACCGGUUCUCUAGUGCCGCAGCGAGGGCUGGUGUGCUGUCGUGUAUCUCAUGAUGGGGUGGGCAGGUGUGGGGAGGGGUGGGGUGAGGCUUUGGCUAAGCAUCAGUGUGAGGGCCUGGAGGGGGUGAGUCUGGUGUUGGGAUGAGUGAGGCGAGCCACCCUGCCAACACUGCUGUGUGCCGCAGCGCCCAACGGCAGGCUGCCAGACACUGUGUGGCUGCAGGAGUGCCUUGCAGCUGUGUGUGUGUGUGUGUGUGUGUGUGUGUGUGUGUGUGUGUGUGUGUGUGUGUGUGUGCCCCUCCAUGACCUGGUGACCCCUGUGCCCCGGUAUGCCCCGUAUCACUGUGCCCCAUAGUGGCCCUAGAAAAUGAGUGGCCCUUGUAAUGCCCCAACAGCCCCGUGUGUGGGCCCCGGAGUGUCCUUACAGCCCCUGUCUGUGGGCCUCACGCUGCCCCAGGAACAGUGUGCCCUGUGAACCCCUGCCCCGCCGCCGAGAGCUGGACUCAGUGCGUGGGGCUGAGCUGUGAGGAGAGACGCUGACUUCCGACAGGGUGGGGGAGGCAGUGCCCAGGGCCCCGCUGCUGCCCCCACCCCCUGCCUUCUGUGCCCCUCCCUCGGCCUUGGAGGACCCAGCGCUGCCUGCUACUGGCCUUCACUUCAGACCCACAGCAGCAGCAGCAGCAUCUAUUUUUGUUCCCAUUUUUUUUUUUUUUUAAAUAACCUUUGCCAAUUUCUUUUUCUGAAGUCUUCCUUUAUUUCUGUGGGAAGAGGAGGCGAUGAGCUGCCGUGGCCCCAAGUGUCUUGCUCAAAGUGAUGCUGACCGCAGCAGCAGCAGCACAGCGCCCUUGCUGCUCCCUCGCAUGGCAAAGGCCGAGAGAGGGAGAGGACGCUGUGUGUAGGUGUGAUGACGCUGUUUGUGUGUGUGGCAAGCCCAUGGAAGUUGUGUGUACGCAUGUCAAAUGUGUGUGUGUGUGUGUGUGUGUGUGUGUGUGUGUGUGUGUGUUGUUCUGUUCAAUCGCUGGCAGAGGAGGAUAGGCAAAGGAAGUGGUGGUGAUGGUGAUGAAGAUGGUGAUGAGUCUGCUGUUGUAUCAUGUGUGCAGGAACCAAGCUAAAUUUUUACACCAAUGAACAAGACCAGAAAUCAUUCAUUAUACCCAACUUCAUUAUUACUGUUAUCAUUACUAUCAUUAUCAUUACUAUCAUUAUUAUUAUUAUUAUUAUUAUUAUUAUUAUUAUUAUUAUUAUUAUUAUUAUUAUUAUUAUUAUUAUUGUCUUCUUUUUUGCAACAUCUUUAUAGUUUUCUCAUGUUAAAUUUAUUUAAUCGA